AUAGGGUUGAAGAGGGAGUGUGCUUGUGUCAGAGUAAAGAAUCACGAGCAAAAUUAACGUCGGACUUCAAAACAUUUUCACUGAUUGAUAAAGAGAGUUCCAACUCUUUUCUUUUUUUCCAACUUGACCUACAGACUUUAGCAACAUGGCGACGAAAUCUGCGUACAGGCGAUUGACUAAAGAGUACAUGGAGAUUCAGAAAAAUCCACCGCCUUUUAUCAUCGCCAAACCGGUGGAAAGUAACAUUCUAGAGUGGCAUUAUGUGAUUCGCGGACCGCCAGAAACACCUUUUGAAGGAGGAGAAUACUACGGACGACUUACGUUCCCGUCUGAGUAUCCUUUCAAACCUCCAGCCAUUCGAAUGACAACGCCCUCGGGACGAUUCCAGCCAGACACACGGCUUUGUUUGACCAUGAGCGACUUUCAUCCCAGUCUUUGGAAUCCGAGCUGGUCUGUGCCGACAAUAUUGAAUGGACUCUUGAGUUUUAUGGUAAACAGGAGGGACAAACGCUUUUUAUAUAACAAACAUAUCUGGAUGGUUCCUAUUGAUACACCGCAUAUGGGAGAGGGAGAGAGGCAGUUACUAAUGUUUGCUUUUUUUUUUUAAAAAAAAAUAGACGACCGAUGAAACAACUACUG